AUGAGAGCAUAUGGAAAGAGGGGCCCAGUUCUCAGAACUCCUUUUAGAUCUAAUAAAGGCUUGCCAUCUUCUUCCGAUGUUGAAUUUAGUGAUGACGAUGUAAACUCCGUGAUUCCUGAUGUAAGUUCUACCAUUUCGAGCAGUAUUGCAGACCACCCGAUAGAGGGAUUAUUGGACGAGCCUAGAAAGGCUCAGGACAGCUCGUCGUCAUUUGAUGGUGCAAAUGAGAAGCCCUCUUCACAACUGGACUCAAAAAGGAAUGACCAAAACGUCAAAAUUAUCACUAGCAGUGAUACCUCAAUGGCAUUUAUGAAAGAUGAAAAGUUAAGUGCCUUUAAUUUCCUUGAUGGUUCAAAGGCAUCUAAGAGAAAAAGAAGAAGAACUUACCAAAAGCAUGAUGCGAACAUAACGUCUUCAAUUGAACCAGACGUACAAGAUGAAGACAGCAUUACAAUGCACAAUGAAUUUGAAUCAAUAAGGAAAAUAUACAAUGACAUCAAUGAAUUCAUAUUGAAGCUACCGAGAGCUGACGAUGAUAUACUGAAUAAAAUGCUUGAAAAUGAGAUGAAGAUGGACGACUCUAUAGAGAAUAAUAGCAUACGCACAUCCAAAGACAAAAAAUAUGGCAAAUUUAGAACAAUAUUAAUAAACAAAAAUAAAGAAAAUGAAAUAAUGGGAGAAGAGGUAGAUCAGAAAGCUAACACCUUGUCCCUAAAUAACGCUGACAACAGUAAUGCUGAAAAAGAAGGAUUAACUUCAACAAAUCACUACAACGAAUUAAAAAAUAUGGGAGAUACAAUAAAAUACCAGGAUGAUAUUGAGUUUCUUCUGUCCAAUUCUAAAAGUAAUGACAAUACUACGGUACCAAUCAAUGAAUACUUUAAAAAACUUUUAAAUUUAUCCCUAAUGAUUAUUAAUGACGAAGAAUUUUUUCAAUAUGCGAAAAGAUAUUUCAAAAAGGAAAUAAUUAAGCUUAGUUUUGCGCAAUUUAGAUCGGAUUUUCCUGAAUUAAUCUUAUUACAGGGUUAUUUACUACAUAAAGUUAGUGAAUCACAAUCCGAUUUCCCGCCAAGCUUUGACAAUUUCUCUAUCGAAUUAAGUAAAGAUGAUGGUAAAAUACGGACAAAAAAGAAUAAGCAUAUUAAAAAACUCUCACACCUAAAUUUCGAAGACUUUCUUCGGAAGACUCAAUUCAAAACGGGACUUUAUUAUUCAUUAUCACUCUGGGAAAUGCAUGGUAAUUUAUCGUUAGAUAUAAUCAAGAGAAUCUCCAUCCUUGCUUCAAAUAAGGACUUAUUCAGUCGGCACGUUAAGACUUUUAUUCCUCUUUUAGAAAAAUUAAUAACCGCUUCCGAAUUUUGCCACAUGUAUAUUGAACAACCUGAAAUGUUCGAUUCACUGAUAAGCAACUUGAAUAAUCAGUUUAAGGAUAUGCUUGAUGAUGACUCGUUGAUUAAAAUCCUAAUCUUGUUAACAAACAUGGAAGUACAUAACUAUACGCUAUGGAAAGAGGCAGAUAUGAUAUUUCAAAGUUCAAUGAACACAAUUUUGGAAAGCAUACAUCCAUUGACAGACGCGAAAGUUGAUAACAUACUCUUGCAUUUAGGGCUCUGCCUCAAUAUUUGCAGUAGAGAAAAUAGUCGUUUAAAACUUGACGGCAAAUUAUGGUAUGAUAUGAAAACUAUAUUUGUUAAAAUGAUCCGUGACGGUUCUGACACUGAAAAUAGGUUAGUACAGGGCCUGUUUUACUUAAAUUUUUCAUUUUUAAUUAAACAACGGAAAGAAAAUAGUAAUUUAGACCCAGGGGAGCUCAAUUUGUUACUAGUAGAGCUGGAAGCAUUUAAAUCGGAAACAUCUCAAUUUAAUGAAGGUAUUUCAAAUAAAAUCGAAAUAGCGUUAAAUUACCUAAAAUCAAUAUACACGAGUGAAAGAAUUACAAUAUAA